AUGACAGUCCCCCCUCCAUUCCCACAAGAAGAACCAAGACUUGUCGAGGAGCUUUUGGAAUCAUCUCCUAUCAUUUCGAAUUCCUCUGAUGCGCUGGUCCAGUCGGUAUCUCAAUAUAUUCUUUGUGAAGACCACAUUGUAUGGCUGGAGUCUGAACUCCCCCGCUGGACGAGAGAAGGACUGUGGCACGAGACGUGUCAAUCCCUGUCCCCUUCUGCGGUAACAUCUCGGUACCGAGACCUAGAGCUGGCUUAUUCUUCUGUCUGUCAGCUGGAUGUGCGGAUGGGUGAUGAUGCCAUUCGAAACCGCAUGGCAUUGAUUCGGCUUCAUUUGGAGUACACAAAGACGCAUCAAAGCUGGAAGAAUGACUCUCGUCAAGCGACAGUAGCUUCAACCAUAGGUCGGGGCGACGCGACUCGAAUCAUCGAUACAAUCUUGGAAAGUAUUCACGAGGGCUGGAGAAAUCUGAGUAACAAACGUCAGUCUGACUUGCGGGCCAAAUUUCACGAACGGAAGAAGUACGGCAAGCGUUGGUUAUUACUCGCGGACAGGCUGGGACCGGGUAUAUUGUUGCUUUGCUCCACGAAGAUGGCCAAUCUAGUGAGAAAUACGUCGGUCACGGCAAAAAUGCUCGAGGACGUUGUAUCGCAGGUACAAGCGUUGCAGGCGGAAACCAUGCGCACCCUGGCCAUCAUAAAUCCACUGGCCCAAUGCCUGUUUAGAAACGAAGGUUACUCGGAGUAUGAUAGUGCUGAAAUUAUGCGGCAAAUCCGGGAUGUAGGGUCAGCGACUGUGUGA